AUGGCCACAACAUCACCUCGACAUUUGUUGGAUGACAGAGGACAAGAACAACAGCAGCAGCAGCAGGAAUUCCUGAGCUCGCUGGAGACAAUUGUUCUGACCAUCUUUCUCUCCAUUAUUAUCAUCAUGACAGUGUUUGGCAACCUGCUGGUCAUGGUGGCACUCUGCAAGGACAGACAUCUGAGAAAGAAGAAGACUAACUACUUCAUUGUGUCGCUGGCGUUCGCUGACUUGCUGGUUGCCUUGUUGGUGAUGCCCUUCGCCGCCAUCGAGCUGACCACCGGCGAGUGGCGGUACGGAGAGAUCUUCUGUCUGGUCCGAACGUCCCUCGACGUCCUGUUGACCACAGCGUCCAUACUGCACCUCUGCUGCAUCGCGCUGGACAGGUAUUACGCUAUCUGCUGCCAGCCGCUGGUCUACAGACACAAGAUGACCCCAGUCAGAGUGGCAGUGAUGCUCAGUGGCUGCUGGCUCAUCCCCAUAUUCAUCUCCUUUCUACCCAUCAUGCAAAGCUGGAACGCCAUCGGCAUCGAGGACAUUAUUGAGGAGAGGCGCGCCUUGGCAGGAGGCUCCAACGACACCAGCUGUGUGUUUCUGGUCAACCGGCCGUAUGCCCUGAUCUGCUCUACAGUGGCUUUCUACGUCCCGUUGGCCCUCAUGGUCCUGGCCUACCAGCGGAUCUACGUCACCGCCAUGACCCACGUGCGGCAGAUCGAAACACUGCAGCGGGCCGGCUCUGCUCCCGUCACCGGGACGACCCCGGUCAUAACCGUGAGGUCCUCCACCUCCUCGGAUCCAUCGGAGCACUACCGCCUUCGGACAACAAUGGGCUCCUCGCCCUCAGAGCAGGCUCCCAUAGCGAACAGCCGCAUGCGCAUUGAGACCAAGGCGGCAAAGACGCUGGCGGUUAUAAUGGGUUGUUUCUGUCUAUGCUGGGCGCCGUUCUUCAUCACCAACGUGGUGGACCCCUUCAUCCAUUACUCGGUGCCCUGGCAGCUGUGGACAGCCUGGCUGUGGCUCGGCUACAUUAAUUCAGGGUUGAACCCUUUCCUGUACGCCUUUCUGAACCGGGCCUUUCGGAGGGCGUUUCUGGUGAUUCUCUGCUGUGGGGAUGAGCGGUACGCACGGCACGGGAGCUGCUCCUACGGACACACCCAAAGAGCGUACUCGGCCGCGUCGGUCAACGGGACGUCGAUGGCACUGAGAUUGUCGUUCCUGCCAAAUCGCAGCUACAGCGACAACGGGCGGACGAUACUGGCCAACGAGCAGGAGUCCCAGGACUCUCUCGGACCACUUUGA